AUGAACAAAUCUCAAUUUCGUGAAGAUAAUAAUGAUGCAUUCCCGAGUGAUUUUCUUAUAUCUGAAUCUAGUUACAUUUCGGAACCUUCCUUUAUGGAAGACGUAUGUUUUAUGGAAGAAACUCCAAUGCUUGAUAAUUUUGAAGUCAACGAAAAUAAUGGUCUAUCCGAUAUUGAAAAAUGGGAAACUGUACAUAUUGACACGUGGCUAAAAAAGCUUUACAAAGAUAAACCCGUGCCGCUUUUCGAAAGGAACCCUGCAACAGCGAAUGCUUUACACAAGAUAUCACUCUUAAACCAACAACAAGACGCUAUAUCUGAAAUCAUUCUUCAACAACAAAAAAUUCACGCGCUGGAAUAUCGCACUGAAGCUCUACGAAUCAAAGAUAUUUUGGAUACUAUAGGAAUAAGUAAAGAAAAUUUAUCAAAGAAUGGUGCGUUGGCAUUAAAAUCAUUAUCCUCUUUAGCUACAAUUUUUGGUUUAAAAGAUGUCGAACGAAGCAGUUAUCUUUCGGCUAUAGCACAAUUAACAAUAGAUUCAUAUGAAACGGAACGUCAAAGAUAUGAAGUUUCGCGUAUAAUCGAAUCCUUAAAAAUCAAUACGCAAGAAGCUAAAUUGAAAGAAGAAAAAUUAAUUAUACUUUUAACGAACCUUCGAAAGAAAUGGGAUUUACACGAAAAACAAAAAAUUAAAGAAUGGGAAGCGAAUAAUGAUUUAGUCAGUAAGAAAGCAAUAGAAUAUAAUCAGAAAUUGAUACGACUGGAGAAACAAUAUUCAUCAAUGAACAUUGAGAAAGAAGGACUAAAUUUUCGAAAAUUGAAACAGAGAGAAGAGAAAGAUAUUAUGAUGGCUCAAUUAAAGUUGGAUGAGGCUAAACAAACUUUGAAAUGUUGA